GUAGCCUUAGGAUAGAAUGACUUUGCGCGCUUAGCUGAAAUCAAAACAAGUUCAAUUUCAAUUUCAAUGCGAGAGGAACUAAACUAAGCCCAAAUUCAAAACUAAUAUACUCGUACAUUUUUGUUGCGGAAAUUUCUUGUAUUUUAAGAUGCCCAAACACACUCCGUACACAUGGCGCCAACCGGAUUUUCCCGGCGAUGAAAGCGAUCUGUCCUGGAAGGAUCCCACCCUGCUGGUCAUCUGCCAGAAUGCCGAUGUGGCAGAGGCGAUGAAGCCGCUCCUGCGCUCCCUGAAGCAACCCUUUGCUGCUGGCCUGGUGGUCAGUGUGUUUGUCCACGAGACGAUGAGGGAUUCGUUUUGUGACCAAGUGCGCAGCUCCAUGGAACCGAUGCACCACCAGGCGGCCAACCACGCCAACUAUGUGAAGGCAGUGGAAAUGGUUGAUUGCCUCAAGGCGGAAGUGGUCUGCUUGCUGACGCCGGACGACAUUCGUUUCCGGUACAAAAUGUCCAACGCUUCGCCGGUUAUUGUAUGCGAAUUCGAUCACAGUUUCUUUGGCGGAUCGCGACCCAGUUCGGUGGUCACUAUGCACACUUUUCGCAAUGCCACCGAGUUACCCCGCCUCUUGGCCACCGAACGUGUGCCAUUUGUAAGUGCCGCCAUUUGGGGCAGGCAAAUGGCCACCGUGUAUGAGGCGGCAUUGCAGCUGGACAUCUCGGUGGUGUACAUCAACUGCCAGGGAAUAUCACUCACUCCCAUCAAGAGCUACCUCGAGGCCGGGAAGCCGCACGUGGUGAUGGCCCAGUAUCACCAUUUCGAGGUGAUUCUCCACGGCGGCAGGCAUCGGGCUAUCGUGUAUCCGGCCGUGGUUCUCUGGGAGCCACCGAUCCGGGCAUCGGCGGGAUCGGAGGAAAAGUCCGAGGCGGAGAUAUAUAGCUGUGAGGCAAAGCCAAGCUAGUAGCCUUUAGUUCUUGUAGGAUACACUUUGUUCUUAGAAUAAAUAUAUAUUUCUUUCCACGCA